AUGUUCUCUCAAUUCUCUCACAUUCGCCAGGCUGUGGAGAGCUUGGCUCAACACUCGUCGAAGCAAGAUUCCUCCACCGAAGAUCGACAUGGCCGGUCUUCGCUGGAGUCUCUGGGACGCGGUUCUAUAUCCUCCUCACCAUUAGCAGACUCUGCUUUGAGCAACAUAAAGAAAACACUUGGACCCCAGCGGCCUGGAAGCCCAGGUGGUAGCCGAAGGGUAUCCUCCCCGAGCUCCGAAAGUGCGACGAGGUCCGCACAAAGAACCACGCUGGAAGACAGACUCCGCGCGAAGUUUGCCAUCGGGGAUGUUUCAACUCCCACUUCUCCUAUUCCGUCGUCCAGAUCCUCACCCGCUUCGACUUCCAUGUUUGUCACAAACCAUCCCCUCUCUCCGACGUCUACCCCACUGCCAGAAACACCUGCCCCGCAAGCUGUGUUGAAGGAUCCUUUGUCCCCCACAUCUACACCUCUUCCUGACUCUCCCGUGCUCUCGCCGACCGUCGCAAUCGACUCCCCUCUACCUAUGAUGCUCGAUGCAUCGGCUCCUCCAUUUCUCCACUCUGUCUCCCCUGCACCAUCUUUAGACAGCAUUAUCGCUACGGAGAGCGCUAAUGCUAGCGUAGAGGUAUUACCGCAUCAUGACGGUACAGCUUCUCUUGCAGAUUCCAUCGAGGACCUCCCUGGUGACCAUAUUCUCCAGGAUGGCCAUGCCCCCGAAGGCGAAUUGUCGCAUGGUGGUGUGCCACUAGAACAGGACGCGGCCGCUCCUGUUCAGAACAUUGCUGGAGAAGAGCCCUCACCAAAGCCAUAUGAGCCCGCAGACGACUCCGUGACUCGUGACGGUGUAUCAAGUGCUGGUGUUACAACGAUAGACCAGGUCACAUCGUCCAGUGAAUCUGCGCCCAGUACUUGCGAGCCCUCAAGCCAUGAAGAUCCGCAACAGUUCCACAUUACUCCUGUUUCGUCUCUGAACGGAGGCGCCGUUGAUAGCGAACUACUGAACGGAGAAUUCCCAGACGGAGACAUUACGCAUGCUUCUGCAGAAGUUAAUGUAACCGUCGAAUUGGAUAUUGAUGCUCUACAGAAGCGUCUGAAGCUUGUAGAGCAUCGUUUCUCAGAUGUCUCCACCUCGUUCAAGAGGCUACAAGCAGAAAAACUAGCGGCAGACAGGGUCCUGCAGGAGCUCACUCCAGUCGAGAGUGUGCAAGAGGCGGACGCCUUGCGUGACUACCUCCAAAACAUCAAUUUCAAGGCGGAGAUGGCUCAGGAUGAGAUAAAGCGUCUGACUGGCAAAUUGACUCGCCAGGAUGAGCGCAUCGAAGAACUCAGGGACAUCCAUCGGCUCGAGUCCAAGUCUCAGUCAGACCUGAUCGAGAGGCUUCGUGGCCAAGUCGAUGAAGCUGAAGCUCUUCUCAAAGCAUCACAGGACUCCACCGCUCAAGUCGAAGAGGCAUCGGCGAUGCAGAAAUUCGAAGUGGACCGCUUGCAUAGUGAAGUUGAACGUCUGAAAGGGCUGGCAAAGGAGGAAGAGGAAAAGAGAGUAAAAGCUAUCGCUUUGCUGAAAACCGUGAGGCAGAAGCUGGUGAGAGCCGAGAAGGAGCGGGACGAAUCGCUCAGGGAGGUCCUAAGUAUCAAGGAGAAGGAUAAGGAGGACAGAGAGCGGGAGAAGGGAGAAAAGGUGGAGCUACAGAGAGAGAUAGAGAAGGUCAACGCUGAGAGGGAAACUGCAAUUGUCGGGUUGAGGGCUCAGUUUGACAAAGAGGUCGCCGGGGUGAAGGAUAGGUAUGAAAAGGAGAUUGCCGCUUUGAGAAAUCAGGCUGAGAUUGAAGCCGUUACGACCAAGACCUCUCAUAUGAAAGAGCUUGAUGUCAAGGUUUUGCGGAUAUCCCAACUGGAAAGUUCUGUGGAGGGACUUUCAAUCGAGAAGGACAACUUAUUUGAUCAGCUGCAAUUACGGCAGGCUGAGCUGGAGUCUGCGCGAUCUCACUUAGAGUCACUGGAAGGCCAGAGCACCGAGUACCAGUUUCAGUUGCGAGAGGCUGAUGACCAAGUUGCACUUCUCACUGAAGAGCUUGCAGAUAUCCGACGUGAACAGGAAACCAGGGGCCAUAUCUCCGGCCCUUCGGCUGAAGAAGUCACUCGUAUUCUUUCUGCUGCGGAGGCGAAAUAUGAGUCUCGUAUAAGCGAGCUCCGACAGAGACUUACGGCAACGGAGCGGGAAAGAGACGAAGGCGAAGCUGAGUGGAGUCGGAAAUUGUCCGGGAAGGUCAGUGAACUUGAGACUUUGAAGACAGCACUGAGCGCUUCGUCGCGGCACGAAGAGGAAGAAUCAGAAGAUGUGAAUGCAUUGAAAGGGGAGGUUCUGACGCUGAAAGAGGAUAUUCGCGCAUAUGAGAUCAUGGUCUCGGAGUUGCGGACGCAAGCUGGGAAGGUCACGGAAUUGGAGGAUGCUGCCAAAUCCCAGCUAGCUGAAUUAAGCAGUCGAGCAGCUGCCCUCCAACAAUCUCUUGACGACAGUAGAGGGAGAGAAAUGCAGUUGCGAGCUCAUAACAAGACUUUACGAGAAGAGUUGCGUAAAGUACAAUCCUCGGCAGCGCUCCUGGAGAAACAGCGAAAUCCUGGCGUCGGUUAUUGGGCUUCCCGACAGGAUGUCACUACCGAAUCUCGUUCGCCAAGAUCUUCGGUUUCCGACCUCACCUUACGGGACAGCUCCUCACGGCCCGAAUCUCCCACUACCGUAAGAUCGGACGAGGAACUCAAUGUCGAAUACCUGAGGAAUGUGAUCUUACAAUUCCUAGAACACAAAGAGAUGAGGCCUCAUCUGGUACGGAUACUGUCUACCAUACUGCGAUUUACACCCCAAGAAACGCGGAGACUGCUCUCAAAAGUGUAG